UUUCGUCUGAGGAGGGUUUACCGAAUCACAUUCAGGAACCAAGCACCAAGCAGCUUUAAGGAGGAUCUUGGUGGAGGAUGGCAGUGGCUCUGGAUGAAGUGUGGGGGCGGGUGAAGAACGUCUGCAAGCAGAACGGUCUGCUGAUUUUGUCUGUGCUUGCUGUGGUAAUUGGCUGCCUGCUUGGCUUCUUCCUCAGAGGCAAGCAACUCUCCGAACAGGAGGUGAAAUAUUUUCAAUUUCCUGGAGAGCUGCUUAUGAGGAUGUUGAAAAUGCUCAUAUUGCCACUUGUCGUUUCCAGUCUGAUGUCCGGUCUGGCUGCUCUGGAUGCCAAAUGUUCCAGUCGCCUGGGCAUCAUGACCAUCUCCUACUACCUCUGGACCACCUUCGUGGCUGUGGUGGUGGGCAUCGUCAUGGUGUACAUCAUCCACCCCGGUGGAGCCGCUCAGAAGGAGGACUCCGACGAGAGCAAGAAGCCAAUGACCAGCUCGGCUGACGCUCUGCUGGAUCUCAUUCGCAACAUGUUUCCAGCAAACCUGGUUCAGGCUACUUUUCAGCAGUAUCGAACACAGAGAGAUGCUGAAUUGAUCCCCAAACCGACAGUGGCUCAACUCCUGGAUGAGACCACCACUCGUCGAGUAUACAUCUACGGUAUCCAGGAUGACAACGGAACCGAUAUCCAGAACUUUUCCUUGGACCUCACUCCGCCACCGGACGUCAUUAUGAAAACAUCGGCCGGUACAAGCGAGGGCAUGAACGUGCUGGGGAUUGUUAUUUUCUCCGCCACCAUGGGGAUCAUGCUGGGAAGAAUGGGACCCAAUGGAAGUGCACUGGUCAACUUCUGCCAGAGUUUGAAUGAAGCAGUCCUAAAGAUUGUUGCUAUUGUGAUUUGGUACUUCCCUUUUGGGAUUGUCUUCCUGGUUGCUGGGAAGAUCUUGGAGAUGGAUGAUCCAUCAGCAAUGGGGAAGAAGCUGGGCUUUUAUGCCAUCACGGUGGUAAUGGGCUUGAUACUGCACGGCCUUUUCAUCCUCCCUGCCAUGUACUUCUUCAUCACCAAGAAGAGCCCCAUUGUUUACAUUAGAGGAAUUCUGCAGGCCCUACUCAUUUCUUUGGCUACUUCAUCCAGCUCCGCCACUCUGCCUAUCACCUUCAAGUGCCUCCUGGAAAACAACCACAUCGACAGACGCAUCAUCCGAUUUGUGUUGCCUGUGGGGGCCACCAUCAAUAUGGACGGUACCGCACUCUACGAGGCAGUGGCGGCCAUCUUUAUUGCCCAGGUCAAUAACUACGAGCUGGACUUCGGGCAAAUCAUCACAAUUAGUAUCACUGCCACUGCAGCCAGUAUCGGUGCAGCUGGAAUCCCACAAGCUGGACUUGUUACCAUGGUGAUCGUGCUGACCUCUGUGGGCCUGCCGACCGAUGACAUCACUCUCAUAAUCGCUGUUGACUGGGCUUUGGAUCGAUUCAGGACCAUGGUCAAUGUAAUGGGUGAUGCUCUGGCCACGGGAAUCAUGGCGCAUAUCUGCAGAAAAGAUUUUAUUAAAGAAGGCGAACAGGUACCUCUGAUCUGCGAGACCAAGCCCAUGAUCAGCAUCCAGCAGAUGAUGACCUACCAGAACCAGAAAAACGGCUGCUACCAGCCGCCUCCACCGGGCAGCAAGCAUGACCACCUCUCACCGGACGUGGCCCGCCUGAUCCAGCUCGAGGAAGGCAUCCGACCAAUAGAGAAGAAGAAACACGCUCUCGCUUCCCACCACAAACGAGGCCACAGGGACAAGGACCACUGUUCCAUCGACAUGAAUGGCCUGGAGACUAAUGUAUAGCCCAGUUAGCUGCUGGACCGGAAAAAAAAUGGACCAACAUGUUCUUUUUACAACGUGGCCAAUGUCACACAUCUUCCAGCUCUCAAAACCGAGAGUACAAAGUGGAUGAAUGCAGACUUUUUUUUUUUUUUUUUACAGUAUCUGAAAAUGGCCCACAUGUGAUUGCGUGUUUGUGAAUUGUACAUAUCUAACAUGGAUCAUUUGGUACCAGAUGCGAGGCUUGUACACGUUAGGGUCUCACUGACAUUUUUCCAACAGUGAGUCAGCUCACAAGGAGCACAAUAUAAAAUAUUAUAUAAUUUUUUUUAAUGAUUAUUACUCUGGGGACAGAGAAAAACAAACUGGAACAUCCAUUAGCAUCAGUUGUAUAUUCCAUGUCACUUGUAUAAAAUAGUAUAUUGUUAAAUUUACUUUUUUAUAUUUCACUUGUGCAAAAUGGAAUUAUCCAUGGACUGUAAAGUGUGCACAUAAUAAACGACUACAUGACACGUUCUCCGAACCUGCAGAACUCUUUACAAGGAUCUUCUCUUCUGUGUAUAUUUAUUUAUAUUGUGUUAGUUCUAGGUUUAAUGCAAAUUCCAUGGGUCUAAUUGUUACAUUGUUGAGCUAUAUUGAUGAUAAAAUGGAUCUUGGGUAACCUUUGGUCUUUUCUUGACUUUUAUAGAGCGGUUCUGAUAUGAACGCUUAUUGCAUCCUGUAAAAUGAUUUGCAGUGGAAGUCAUUAUUGAUGUGCUGUUUGGAAAAUGCGCACACAAUUUUUGCUACACAGAUAGUACUGACCAAGUACAGGGACUCUGGAAAUAUGAUAAUAUUCCUUACCUUUUGUGUCCUCCGCCAUCACGCGUGUUAUUUAGCUUGGGAAGCACCUUCUGUCUUGAUUCAAACACACACCGCCUGCAAAGCAAGAAGCUAGGUUAUAGUUAUCGGGCAAAUUAUGUAUUGAUAUCUAUCAUCACAAAUGUUAUCACUGACAUACAUCUCAUGACCUUAACAUUGUAGUCUUUACAUUA